AUCAUCACAUAGAGGGAGAGAGUUUGUCAAUAUAGGGCUAAAAGCCAAAAAGUGAACAAACGAAAAGCGCUUCACUCUAAGAAAAAAGGAGUUACAUUGAGUGCGUGUUUCUAGAGAGAGAUGGAGAGGGAACAAGCGACGCCGUCGUCGUCAGGGCUCUAUGGAGGAGAAAGAGGCGCCGGCGGGAAGUUCCGGAAGCCACCGGCACGGAAGCCGCCGGCGACUCCGUACGACCGUCCGCCUGCGAAUCAAUCCCAAACCCUUGCCGAGCGACGCGACGGCGGUUGGUUGUCGAAGCUCGUUGAUCCUGCUUGCCGCCUCAUCGCCGGUGGCGCCACCAAAAUGUUUCCGUCUUUCUUCUCCAAAUCGCCUUCUACCGCCAACCCGCCCCAAGAUCAAGAUAAGUGGGGCACGUGUGAAAAAGAAGAGUUUAAUAAUGAUGAUGAUGGUAAACAAUGCACUUUAAAUGUCGGAGUAUCCAACUCUACUGGAGUUUUGGGUCCUAUCAUAUCAGCAGCAGAUAACUUAAAUAACAAUUCCGACUUUGAUGAGCUUGGACGGGAAAAAAUAAGCAAUUUAUCUGAUGAGAAUGAGUUUUCUAAAAUUGAGCAGCUGAUGAAAGGAAAAAUAUUUUCCAGGGAGGAGAUUGAUCAUUUGACAGAGAUAUUAAAUUCUAGGGUUCUUGAUCCUUCUAAUAUUGAGCAGAAUAAAAGGACUCCAAGCAUGACUACUGGAGGAGAAGCUGAACGGACUGCAAUUGCCCAUGAAAAUCCAAUGUUUUCAAUUGAGAAAAAUCAGGAAGAUUUAAAGAGACAUGCAGUGGGAACCUCAACACCUCUUCUGCGAACGACUGUGCUAGAUGAAGUUGGUGCUUCACCAGUGGAUUUAGCGAAAGCUUAUAUGGCAAGUCAAGCAUCAGAAGUACGGAGUGAAGAAUUUGCAUCAACGCCAUUUAUUCCAUCACCUUCACUUAAGUCAACUGUGUGUUGGCCUGGUGCCAUGUUACAUGAUCAGCGUGGUUAUUUAACUCCACAAAAUCAAAGAGGCAGAUCUGGUAUUCAUAAUUUUCCUAGAUCGCCAUAUUCUAGAACAAUUUAUUCGAAGUCCAAGUCCAAGCUAACUCCAUUACAAGCAGUUGAGAAUAGGCACCUAAGCAUUUCAUCAACUCCCUUGCGGCAAUCUCGAACUCCCAUCUUUGGACAGUCAAGGAACGAUGUGUUGAAUGAUGGCUAUGGCUCAGUGGGACCUAUUCGGCGUAUGCGGCAUAAGGUUGUUUCAGAAGCUCCGCCCAGAGGAUCUGCUGCUUUUAAUUCUUCCCAAACUGGUCCUUCUCAAGUGGAAAAUUCCAGUGUUUCUAGAGGUCUCUUGCCUGCUACAAAGAACUUGGAACCUGGAGCAAAAAGCAGUAAUUCUGAAUUUCAGUCAAUAGCCAAGAAGGCACGCAGUUCUGAAAUGGGUGUCCCAGAUUUUCUGCCAUCAUCUGGGCAGGCGGUUAGAACAAUAUUGGAGCACCUUAAUAGAAACCAGCCCACAGCUCAAGAAAAGUCUGCUGAGUUGAAGCUAGCCACUGCAUGGAAGAAACAUUCAUCUUCUGAAGUGGCUGAUGUCACAGAACAUACCAGCUUUCAGCCUUUACAAGGAUUUGCCUCACGUAGAAGUUCAGAUUUAGCUGACCAGAAAGUUUCUGCGCAAGCAAACUUCGACAGUGAGAACUCAAUUUUCAAAGAAAAACCUCAGGAGAGAGAUACUAGUGAAGCUACUGAUAACUUAAAUAAAGGCAAGGCUUCCAGCAGAGUCAUUGAUGGUACCACUAGUUCGAUACGCGAGUGUGAUUCUGGACCUUCAGUUGACUUAAUCAGAACUAAUGAUUCUCGAAUCAAGAGUGCACAUGAGAAGACCUCCCUGGGGUUGACAGACAGCAAACAGAAAGAGAUGAGUAAGCUUCCAUCUCUCUACAAUGAAAUAAAUGGGCAGGAUGUUGGAAAGGUGGUCCCCAGUUCAUCUGGCUCUGAGUUACCAAAGAAGCCUCCGUCUCACUACUCUUCACGGACGAAGGUCAACCUAACAAGUAUUUUUGUUGAGAAACCUGACCCAAGACGGACAGUUUCUUCAGAUAAUAGCUGUGGGUUUACUUUUCCUGUUUCUGCAUCUUCUGGUGUACUCUCGGAACCACCAACUCCGUCCAUCAUGCCUUCUUUCUCAGCCAGUGGUUUGCCUCUUCCGAAGGAAGAGCCUGCAGUUCCUUCUUACACUUUUGGCAGUAAGAGAUCUACACCAUCCCUCGUUUUCUCGUUCCCUUCCACGAGCAAUGCCUCCACCCAUGAUGAACAGGCAGAUCUUAAAUUCAACUUUGGAUCAGAUAAGAAGAGCAGGGUUUCUUUCAAGUCCGUUGGGAAAGAUGCGAUUUGCUAUUAACUAUAAUGGUGUUAGCACAUUUAGGUGUUUUCUUGGCUUCCUUGUGGGAUUUAUUUGAAUAUUUCAAUUUUAAGAAGACCCUUGGAACUGAUUCAUGCUUACUUUAGCUUUAGGAAGUAGAGAAAUAAAAGAUUGAUGAGUAGAAAUAGUGUUGUGUUCUGUUUUCCUAUCAAUGUUGAUCCAUCUUACAUUUUCAAUAAUGAAUGGUAUCGAUAGCCCUAUGUCUACAAAUCCUACAUGUUUAAUUAGAGAAUUGAUCCGUGUUGUGGCUA